UUGCCCUUGGCGCGAUGGCGGACAAGCGAGUGGAGUUCCUGGAGAACUACUCCACGCUCUCCCUCCGCUUCAAGCCGGACAAGUGGGCCAAGUUCGUGGGCAGCGAGGAGACCAGCGCCAUGCUCACCGAGUUCUUCGAGAAGCAGGACUUGCUGGCGCUGGUCCUGAGCCUCGCCCCCGCCGGGCAGCUGGUGCCCUGCCUCGACUUCCCGCCGGCGCUCAAGAGCAAAGGGGUUUACUUCGUCAAGCAGAAGAAGGAAAACAUCACCAAGGAGAACUUCCGGACCCGGCUCCUGGUGGGCGACAUCAGCCCCUUCCCCGUGGACCAGCUCAUCGCCGUGGUGGAGGAGGUGGUUUACGCCCUGUUCAUGAGCAGCGAGAACAUGAGCGGGUGGCCCCAGGUGGUGUCUGACGAUGUUGUGAAACAAGCCCAGAGGCUGAAAAACGAAAUGUUUGUGAUGGGAGGGAAGAUCAAAGGGAAGACGCUGCUGCCCCUGCCUGAGCACCUGGAGACCCUGGGCAGCUCCACCGACCUCCUGGACAGGCUCCUGGGGGCAGUGGACAGCUCCCUCCUGCACUCCAUCGAGACGAUCAUCAUCGACUGGUCCCACCAGAUCCGGGACGUGCUGAGCAAAGAGUCUGCCCAGCCCCUGCUGGACGGGCUGCUUGCGCCCAAAGUCAGCAAGAUCGCGGAGAUCCUGAAGAAGGCGAAGAGCUGCUACUGGCCGGCGCUGAGGAACGUGUUCAAGGACGUCCGGCUGCCUCCCUACAUUGACAGCGUCAUGUACACGGUCUGCUUGAUCUGGGCCAACUCGGAGCAUUACAACACGCCCUCCCGGGUCAUCGUCAUCCUGCAGGAGAUCUGCAACCUCCUCAUUGAAAUGCUGCCUCCCUACAUUGACAGCGUCAUGUACACGGUCUGCUUGAUCUGGGCCAACUCGGAGCAUUACAACACGCCCUCCCGGGUCAUCGUCAUCCUGCAGGAGAUCUGCAACCUCCUCAUUGAAAUGACUCGGAACUUCCUGAGCCCGGAGGAGGUGCUGAAGGGCCUGCAGGGCGAGAUCGAGGAGAUCUUGGGCGGGAUCAAGCUGGGCCCAGCGGUUAUCGAGCGGCUGUACCAGGCCUACCACAGGUGCUGCGCGGAGCUGAUGCCCACGUUCUUUAAGGACAAGGAGGCGAGGCUCUGGGAGUUCCCGUCCUCUCUCGUCUUCACCCGAAUGAACUCCUUCCUGCACCGAGUGAAGACUAUCGAGGAGCUGUACGUAACAGCGAUUGAAUUUCUGAAGCUGGAGAAGAUUGAGCUGGGUGGCGUGAGAGGCAGCAUCCUGGGGAGCUUGGUGUUUCAGAUUUACGAGGAGGUCUCGGAGCUCAUUAAGGUUUUUGCUGACUGCAAAUACGACCCCUUAGACCCCGCCGACGAGGAAUUUGAUGAAGAUUUUGCAGAGUUCCAGACCAAAAUUCAGGAUUUGGAUAGAAGAUUGGCAACCAUUUUUUGUCAAGGCUUUAAUGACUGUAACAGCAUUGAAUCUGCUGUCAAGCAAAUCCACAUGUUUGGCUCGCUCCUGGACCGACCGCUGAUAAAGGCGGAAGUGGCCCCUCACUACUCCACCCUGCUGGAGAUGUUUUCUGUGGAGCUGGACAACGCAAAGACCAUGUACGAUGCCCAGAUCGCCGGCAUAAAGUCUGGCGGUGUGCCGCCCAUCAGCAAAAACAUGCCUCCCGUCGCCGGGCAGCUGAAGUGGGCUCUGGAGCUGCAGGAAAGGCUGGAGAGGCCGAUGAAGGAGCUGCAGACCAUCGAUCACCCGGUCAUGGUCAGUGCUGAAGCCAAGCUGGUGUCCGAGAAGUACCAGGAGAUGACGCAGAAGACCUACGAGGGGUGGAUAAGCCGAGUGGACGCCGACUGCCAGUUUAACCUCCAGCAGCCGCUCAUCCUGCGCGAUCCAAACACCUCUCUCAUCAGCGUGAACUUCAGCAAGGAGCUAGUUGCUGUUCUACGCGAAGUCAAGUAUUUGAGCUUUCAGAAGCAGAAAGACAUCCCAGAAAGCGCCGGGAGCCUCUUUUCUCAAAACGAAACUUUCCGCAAGUUUCUGGACAACCUGGAUCUCAUUGUCGGUUGGUACAAUAAGAUCAAGACGACCAUCCUGUACGUAGAGCUGCCCCUGGUCAAGCAGGAGCUGGAGGAGAACGACGUCAAGCUGCAGAAAGCCGAAACCACCCUGUUUUGGAGCAACGAAGGGGUGCUGGAAUACAUUCAAGAGAUGAGAAACGUCUUGCAUGAUUUAGAGGCAAGAAUCCAGAAAACCAAGUUAAAUGUGGAAAAUAUCAACCAGCUUAUGCAGGAAUGGUCAGCCAGCCCCCUGUUCGAAAGGAAGGACAAUAAGGAAACGGCUCUCUUGGACUUGGACGGGAAGGCGCAAACCAUAAACAAACGCUAUGCGGCGAUUAAAGAUUCUGGGCAAAAGAUUCAGACGAUGCUUAUGGAGAACGCCGACUUGUUCAAGGCUGAUAAGGCCUCCAGGAUCUGGCGCGACUAUGUGGAGUACGUGGACGACAUGGUCCUGGAUGGAUUCUUCAGGUUCAUUCGCAAUUCUCUCCAGUUUCUGCUCACCAACAUGGCAGCCGAGGCCAAUGUGGCGCCGCUGUUCGAAGUGCACAUGGAACUGCACCAUGACCAGCUGAGAUACCGCCCCUCGCUGGAGCUGGGCGCUGACAACGGCUUUCUGGACGUGGUGGAGAACCUCAUGAAUGACAUCUACAGCACGGCCAAGCUCGUGCCCCGGCUGGCCAAGGGCAAGCUCAGCUACAAGAGCGACCUGGAGGACACCCCGGACCUGGUGGAGAUGCGGGAGGAGGGGAGCUCUCUGCGAGGCGGCCCUGCCUUGCAGAUCGACUCCUACGAGAAGCUCUACGAGGAAGUGUCCCGGUUCGAGAACACCAGGGUCUUCAGCGGCUGGGUGCAGAGGGGCUGUCGCCCCCCCCAGCCGGCCCUGGCAGGAGCGGGGCUCUUGCGGGCUCCCCCUGAGCGAGGCGGCCCUGCCUUGCAGAUCGACUCCUACGAGAAGCUCUACGAGGAAGUGUCCCGGUUCGAGAACACCAGGGUCUUCAGCGGCUGGCUGCAGAGCGACUGUCGCCCCUUCAAGCAGGCUCUGCUCAACACCAUCAAGCGCUGGAGCCUCAUGUUCAAGCAGCACCUCAUCGACCACGUCACGUCCAGUCUCCAGGGGCUGGCGGUGUUCAUGAAAGAGGCAAACGCCGGCUUGACCAAGCCCCUGAAAGAGGGCGACUACGACGGGCUGGUGGAGGUGAUGGGGCACCUGAUGAGAGUCAAAGACAGGCAGGCGGUGACCGACCACAUGUUCGAGCCCCUCAAGCAAACCAUCGACCUGCUGAAGACUUACGGCGAGGAGAUGCCGGAAGAGAUUCACAUGCAGCUCCACGACCUGCCGGAGCAGUGGAACAACACCAAGAAGUUAUCUUUCCAGGUGAAGCAGAACGUGGCUCCUCUGCAGGCCACGGAGGUCGCCAUUCUGCGGAGGAAGUGCCAGCAGUUUGAGAUCAAGCAGCACGAAUUUCGGGAGAAGUUCCGGGAAGAGGCUCCCUUUAUUUUCACUGACCCAAAUCCCUAUUGGUCCCUCAACAAGGUACUGGGCUGCGAGGGGACCCGUGGGCUGGGCCCGUUCUCCUGCACAAUUCCAGCCCCUCCUUACAGGAGGCUGAAGGGGGGAGGGAGUGGGGGGGGGUGUUGCCGGGACGGCACGUGGCACUGCGUUCCCACGCAGGUGAACGCCAGCAUCGACGACUGGAAGACCACCAAGUGGAAAGAGAUUAACGUGGAGCAGAUGGACAUUGAUUCCAAAAAGUUUGCUAAAGACGUGAGGAGUCUAGAUAAAGAAAUGAGGCCCUGGGACGCCUUCGUGGGGCUGGAUAACACCGUGAAAAACAUGAUCACCUCCCUGCGCGCCGUGAGCGAGCUGCAGAACCCCGCCAUCCGAGACCGGCACUGGCACGAGCUCAUGCAGGCCACCAAGGUGAACUUUGUCAUGUCAGAGAAGACGACCCUCGCCGACCUGCUGCAGCUGAAUCUGCACAAGUUUGAGGAUGAAGUUCGCAGCAUCGUGGACAAGGCCGUGAAAGAGUCGGGCAUGGAGAAGGUCUUGAAAGCCCUGGACAGUACCUGGUCAACCAUGCAGUUUGAACACGAGCCCCAUGCACGGACGGGGACCAUGCUGCUCAAGUCGGAUGAAUCGCUUGUCGAGACCCUGGAGGACAACCAAGUGCAGCUGCAGAACCUGAUGACGUCCAAGUAUCUCGCUCACUUUCUCCAGGAAGUGUCCAGCUGGCAACAGAAACUGUCAACCGCUGACUCCGUGAUUAGCAUCUGGUUUGAAGUGCAGAGAACGUGGAGCCAUCUGGAGAGCAUCUUCAUUGGCUCGGAAGACAUCCGCAACCAGCUGCCGGAGGACUCGAAACGCUUCGACUCCAUCGACCGAGAUUUUAAAGAAUUAAUGGCCGAAGCAGUGAAAACCCCCAACGUUGUCGAAGCGACAAAUAAGCCAGGCCUCUAUGACAAGCUCGAAGCCCUGCAGAAGAGCCUGGCGCUCUGCGAGAAGGCUUUGGCCGAGUAUCUGGAGACGAAGAGGCUGCCUUUCCCCCGCUUCUACUUCGUCUCGUCCGCCGACCUGCUGGACAUUUUAUCGAAUGGGAAUGACCCAGUUGAGGUGUGCCGCCACCUGUCCAAGCUGUUCGACAGCAUGGCGAAGCUGAAGUUCAGACUGGACGCCGCCGGCAAGCCGCUGAAGGGCGGCUUGGGGAUGUACAGCAAGGAGGACGAGUAUGUGGAUUUUGACAAGGAGUGUGAUUGCUCCGGGCAGGUGAGUGGGGUCAUUUCAAUGACCAGCAUCGUCCCCGCGCGCGGAACGGCCUGCAGCCGACCCCCGUCCGACCCGUGUUCCGUGCCUCGGUGGCAGGUGGCGCUCACCUGCACGCAGAUCUGGUGGACGACCGAGGUCGGCAUCGCCUUCUCCAGGCUGGAGGAAGGUUAUGAAAACGCGAUUAAAGAUUACAACAAAAAGCAGAUCAGCCAGCUGAACACGCUGAUCACGCUGCUCAUCGGCAGCUUGACCUCGGGGGACAGGAUGAAGAUCAUGACAAUCUGCACCAUCGAUGUGCAUGCCAGGGACGUGGUGGCCAAAAUGAUCCUUGCCAAGGUGGAGAAUUCCCAGGCCUUCACCUGGCAGUCCCAGCUCCGACACCGCUGGGACGAAGAGAGGAAGCACUGCUAUGCCAAUAUAUGCGACGCGCAGCUGCAGUAUUCCUACGAGUACCUGGGGAACACCCCGCGCCUCGUCAUCACGCCGCUGACCGACCGCACAGGGCUAGUAGCCAAAGCAGGCAUGGGCCGGCCCAGCCCUUUCCCACAGUCCUGUGGGAACAUCUACAAGGGGCUGGCUCAAACGGGAGCCUGGGGCUGCUUUGAUGAGUUCAAUCGCAUUUCCGUGGAGGUGCUGUCCGUCAUUGCUGUGCAGGUAAAAUGCGUGCAAGAUGCCAUUCGGGCCAAAAAGAUAACAUUUAAUUUCCUUGGAGACGUGAUUUCUCUCACGCCAACCGUUGGACUAUUCAUAACAAUGAACCCAGGCUAUGCAGGCCGGACGGAAUUGCCGGAAAAUCUCAAAGCUUUAUUCAGACCCUGUGCCAUGGUUGUCCCAGACUUUGAGCUCAUCUGUGAAAUCAUGCUUGUGGCAGAAGGGUUUCUCGAUGCCAGGCUGCUUGCUAGAAAGUUUAUUACUCUCUAUACGCUAUGCAAAGAGCUACUGUCCAAGCAGGAUCAUUAUGACUGGGGCUUGAGAGCGAUCAAGUCUGUGCUGGUGGUAGCAGGCUCCUUGAAGAGGGGGGACCCGGGCCGUGCGGAGGAUCAAGUCCUGAUGAGAGCUUUGCGAGACUUCAACAUCCCCAAGAUUGUGACGGACGACCUGCCAGUGUUCAUGGGGCUCAUUGGAGACCUUUUCCCAGCGCUGGACGUCCCUAGAAAACGGGACCUGAACUUUGAAAAGAUUAUCAAGCAGUCCAUCCUGGAGCUGCGGCUGCAGGCUGAGGAGAGCUUUGUGCUGAAGGUGGUGCAGCUGGAAGAGCUGCUUCAAGUGAGACACUCGGUGUUUGUCAUCGGCAACGCGGGCAGCGGCAAGUCCCAGGGACUGAAAUCCCUGAACAAGACUUACCAGUCCCUGAAGAAGAGGCCUGUUGCGGUGGACCUGGACCCGAAAGCCGUAACCUGCGAUGAGCUGUUCGGGGUUAUUCACCCAGCCACCCGGGAAUGGAAGGAUGGGCUGUUUUCUACCACGAUGCGAGACCUGGCGAACAUCACGCACCUUGGCCCCAAAUGGAUCAUUCUCGAUGGCGACAUAGACCCCAUGUGGAUUGAGUCUCUGAACACGGUCAUGGACGAUAACAAGGUGCUCACCUUGGCGAGCAAUGAGCGGAUCCCCCUCAACCCCACCCUGAGACUCCUCUUUGAGAUCAGCCACCUGAGGACAGCGACGCCCGCCACCGUGUCCAGGGCGGGAAUCCUCUACAUCAACCCCGCCGACCUGGGCUGGAACCCCGUGGUGAGCAGCUGGAUCGAGAAGCGAACUGUGCAGUCGGAGAAAGCCAACCUAAUGAUUCUGUUUGAUAAAUACCUGCCGACAUGUCUCGAUAAGUUGAGGUUCGGGUUCAAGAAGAUCACGCCCGUCCCUGAAGUCACCGUCAUACAAACCAUCCUGUAUCUGCUGGAAUGCCUCCUGACGCCGACUAACACGCCACCAGACUCCGCCAAGGAGCUGUAUGAGCUGUACUUCGUGUUUGCGUGUUUCUGGGCCUUUGGGGGAGCCAUGUUUCAGGACCAGCUCGUGGACUAUCGUGUGGAGUUCAGCAAGUGGUGGGUGAAUGAAUUUAAAACCAUCAAGUUUCCGUCUCAAGGGACGAUCUUCGACUAUUACAUAGACCCGGAGAGUAAGAAAUUCCUGCCUUGGAACGAUAAGGUGCCUCCAUUCGAGCUGGACCCAGAGGUCCCUUUGCAGGCUUCUGUGGUCCACACGACAGAAACCAUCCGGAUUCGCUAUUUCAUGGACCUGCUGAUGGCCAAGAAAUGGCCUGUGAUGCUGGUGGGGAACGCGGGCACAGGGAAGUCGGUCAUGAUGGUAGACAAGCUGCAGGCGCUGAACACUGAUGACUACCUGGUCCAGGCCGUGCCCUUCAACUUCUACACGACCUCAGCCAUGCUGCAGGCUAUUCUCGAAAAGCCCUUGGAGAAGAAAUCGGGGAGAAACUUUGGUCCGCCAGGCACGAAGAAGCUGAUUUACUUCAUAGAUGAUAUGAACAUGCCUGAAGUGGAUAAGUAUGGCACAGUCGCUCCGCACACGCUGAUCAGGCAGCACAUGGACCACGGGCACUGGUAUGACCGGAUCAAGCUGACGCUAAAGGAUAUUCACAACUGCCAGUACGUGGCCUGCAUGAACCCUACAUCCGGCUCCUUUACCAUCGACUCCAGACUCCAGCGCCACUUCUGCGUCUUUGCCGUGAGCUUUCCUGGCCAGGACGCGCUGGUGACCAUCUACAGCACCAUCCUGGCGCAGCACAUGGCCAUCCGCAACGUCUCCGUGCUGGUCCAGAAGAUCCUGUCCCCACUGAUCUCCGGCGUGCUGGCCUUACACCAGAAAAUUACAUCUUCCUUCCUGCCUACGGCCAUCAAGUUCCACUACGUGUUCAACCUCCGGGACCUCUCGAACAUCUUCCAGGGACUGCUGUUCUCCACGGCUGAAUGCCUGAAGACGCCGCUUGACCUGGUCCGGCUCUGGCUCCACGAAGCUGAGCGAGUCUAUGGAGACAAACUCAUCGACGAGAAAGACAAAGAAAGCUUCGGCCGAGUCCUCGCCGCGACCUGUAAAAAGUACUUUGACGAGCUGGGCGAGGGCCUGCUGUUUGCCAAGCCCAACAUCUACUGCCACUUUGCCCAGGGCAUUGGUGAGCCCAAGUACCUCCCUGUGGCCGACUCGCAGAACCUGAACAAGCUGCUGGUGGAGGCUCUGGACUCGUACAACGAGGUCAACGCCGUCAUGAGCCUGGUGCUGUUCGAAGACGCCGUGUCUCACAUCUGCCGCAUUAAUCGGAUCUUGGAGUCCCCCCGCGGGAACGCCUUGCUGGUGGGCGUGGGAGGCAGCGGAAAGCAAAGCCUGUCCCGGCUGGCCGCCUACAUCAGCGCGCUGGACGUGUUUCAGAUCACGCUGAAGAAAGGCUAUGGAAUUCCAGACCUCAAGCUGGACCUGGCCUCGCAGUACAUCAAAGCAGCCGUGAAGAACACGCCCACCGUCUUCCUCAUGACCGACUCCCAGGUGGCCGAGGAGCAAUUCCUGGUGCUGAUCAACGAUCUCCUGGCCUCCGGCGAGAUCCCCGGCCUCUUCCAGGACGACGAAGUGGAAAAUAUCAUCGGCGCCAUGCGGCCACAAGUGAAAUCCCUCGGCCUGCAGGACACCAGGGAGAACUGCUGGAAAUACUUUAUCGACAAAGUCAGGCGGCAGCUAAAGGUCGGGGUGUGUGCGUGUGUCUGUGUGUGUGUGUCUGUGUGUGUGUGUGUGGGAGCUGCAGCCUGGCUGGGGGGCAAGGGGCCGGGAGGGUGGCUGUGGAGUGCAGCCCAGGCUGGCCACAGAGCCCGCGGGCGCCCGGCUGGAUACGAUUCGCUCUGGCAUCCUGCCCUGUUUCCCUGGGUCCUUCUGCCUGUCCAUGGGCAGGGGCGAGCUGGGGCUUCUGCCUCGCCGAGUAUCUGCCGCGUUCGGGCUCGCUGAGCGUCUGCAGGGAGGGGGAACUGAUCGCAUGCUCGGGCCCUACUGCAGCCGGAAGUCAAGGUCUCCAUCAGCCAGUUUAUGUCCUAUGUCCACAAAACGGUAAACGAGAUGUCCAAAGUCUACCUGGCCACCGAGCGACGCUACAACUACACAACCCCCAAGACCUUUCUGGAGCAGAUCAAACUCUACCAGAACCUGCUCACGAAGAAGAGGAGAGAGCUCAUCGCAAAAAUCGACAGGCUGGAGAACGGCUUAAUGAAGCUGCAGAGCACCGCGUCCCAGGUCGCGGACCUGAAGGCCAAGCUGGCUCUGCAAGAGCUGGAGCUGAAGCAGAAGAACGAGGACGCGGACAAGCUGAUCCAGGUGGUGGGGGUGGAGACGGAGAAGGUGAGCAAGGAGAAGGCCAUUGCCGACGAGGAGGAGCUGAAGGUCCAGGUCAUUAACACGAACGUGACAGAGAAGCAAAGAGCCUGUGAGACUGACCUGGCCAAGGCAGAACCCGCUUUGCAAGCAGCACAGGAGGCUCUGGACACGCUCAAUAAGAACAACCUGACGGAGCUGAAGUCGUUCGGCUCGCCCCCCGAGGCCGUGGUCAAUGUCACGGCAGCUGUGAUGAUCCUCACGGCCCCCGGGGGCAAGAUCCCCAAGGACAAAAGCUGGAAGGCGGCGAAAAUCAUGAUGGGGAAAGUCGACUCUUUCCUGGAUUCCCUGAAGAAGUACGAUAAGGAGCACAUCCCGGAGCCCUGCCUGAAAGCAUUUAAGCCCUACCAGUCAGACCCAACCUUCGACCCCGAGUUCAUCCUCUCCAAGUCCACGGCUGCAGCCGGCCUGUGCUCCUGGUGUUUGAACAUCGUGCGCUUCUACGAGGUGUACUGCGACGUGGCGCCCAAGAGGCAGGCCCUGGAGGAGGCUAACGCGGAGCUGGCGGAGGCGCAGGAGAAACUCAGUCUCAUUAAAAACAAGAUUGCGGUGCCGAUUCCGGUCACGCCAGGCUUGGACCCGCUGAGCCUGCUGACGGACGACGCGGACGUGGCCACCUGGAACAACCAGGGGCUGCCCAGCGACCGCAUGUCCACGGAGAACGCCACCAUCCUGUGCAACACCGAGCGCUGGCCGCUCAUCGUGGACGCCCAGCUGCAGGGGCUGAAGUGGAUUAAGAACAAGUACGGCGAGGACCUGAAAGCGAUCCGCCUGGGCCAGAGGAGUUACAAACCCCCGUUAGAGUUCCGCAGUUUCCUAGUUGAGUUCUUUCAGAACUCUUGGCCCUGGGUGGGGUCUGAAGGGAGCCUGCCAGGCGGCCUUUGCAAAGCUUCUCAGUCCACUGGGAGUUGGCACCCGUCUCCCAGCCCCUGGGGUGUCGCUGCCGUUAGCGCAUGGGGGGUGCCAAUGGGUUUUGCACAUCCCAAGAGUGGCUUGGUUCCUUGGCUGAGCAGGUACAUUAAGAUCGGGGACAAGGAGGUGGAGUACCACCCCGACUUCCAUCUCAUCCUGCACACCAAAUACUUCAACCCCCACUACAAGCCCGAGAUGCAGGCGCAGUGCACGCUCAUCAACUUCCUGGUGACCAGAGACGGGCUGGAGGAUCAGCUGCUGGCAGCAGUGGUGGCAAAAGAGAGGCCCGAUCUAGAGCAGCUGAAGGCACAUCUCACCAAAAGCCAAAACGAGUUCAAGAUUUUCCUGAAGGAGCUGGAGGAUUCUUUGCUUGCCCGGCUCUCUGCUGCAUCAGGGAACUUCCUGGGAGACACAGCCUUGGUGGAGAAUCUGGAGACCACAAAGCGGACAGCCAUGGAAAUUGAGGAAAAAGUGCGAGAAGCUAAAAUUACAGAAAUAAAAAUUAACGAGGCCAGAGAAAGCUACAGGCCGGCUGCAGAAAGGGCGUCCCUGCUGUACUUCAUACUGAACGACCUCAACAAGAUUGACCCCAUCUACCAGUUCUCACUGAAGGCGUUCAACGUGGUCUUCGAGAAGGCCAUCCAGCGCACGGUCCCGGCCGAGGACGUGAAGCAGCGGGUGGUGAACCUGACGGACGAGAUCACCUACUCCGUCUUCGUGUACACGGCCCGGGGCCUGUUCGAGAGAGACAAGCUCAUUUUCAUGGCCCAGAUUUCCUUUCAGGUCCUGCUCACGAAGAAAGAGGUGAACCCGGUCGAACUGGACUUUCUUCUGCGCUUUCCGUUCAAGGCUGGACUCACGUCCCCUGUGGACUUUCUGCUGUCCCAAGGGUGGGGUGGGAUUAAGGUCCUCUCAGAAAUGGACGAGUUCAAGAACUUGGACGGCGACAUCGAAGGCUCGGCCAAGCGGUGGAAGAAGUUUGUGGAGUCGGAGGCGCCGGAGAAGGAAGUGUUCCCGAAGGAGUGGAAGAACAAGUCAGCGCUGCAGAAGCUGUGCAUGAUGCGGUGCAUGAGGCCGGACCGGAUGACCUACGCCGUCAGAAACUUUGUGGAAGAGAAAAUGGGCAGCAAGUACGUGGAAGGCAGAAGUGUUGAAUUUUCCAAGUCCUACGAAGAGUGCAGCCCGUCCACUGCAAUCUUCUUCAUCCUCUCGCCAGGGGUGGACCCCCUGAAGGACGUCGAGGCGCUGGGCCAGAAGCUGGGCUUCACCAUAGACAACGGGAAAAUCCACAACGUGUCUCUAGGGCAAGGGCAGGAAAUCGUGGCCGAAAACGCUCUGGAUGUGGCUGCUGUGCAAGGCCACUGGGUCAUCCGGCUGCGCGGUGACGUGCGUGCUGGUGGGUUUUCCCCAGGCCAGAAGCUGGGCUUCACCAUAGACAACGGGAAAAUCCACAACGUGUCUCUAGGGCAAGGGCAGGAAAUCGUGGCCGAAAACGCUCUGGAUGUGGCUGCUGUGCAAGGCCACUGGGUCAUCCUACAGGACACCCUGGAGAUGUGCACCAAGGAAAUCGAGUUCAAGUGCAUCCUGUUCGCGCUCUGCUACUUCCACGCGGUGGUGGCGGAAAGGCGGAAGUUCGGGGCGCAGGGCUGGAAUCGGUCCUACCCGUUCAACAACGGAGACCUGACCAUCUCCAUCAACGUGCUCUACAAUUACCUGGAGGCCAACGUCAAGGUGCCCUGGGACGAUCUGCGCUACCUCUUUGGAGAGAUUAUGUACGGGGGACACAUCACAGACGACUGGGACCGCAGGCUGUGCAGAACCUACCUGGGCGAGUACAUCCGGGUGGAGAUGCUGGAGGGAGAAAUGACGCUGGCUCCAGGCUUUUUAGUGCCACCCAGCCUGGAUUACAAGGGUUACCACGAAUACAUCGAUGAGAACCUCCCGCCGGAGAGCCCCUACCUCUACGGGCUCCACCCCAACGCCGAGAUCGGCUUCCUCACGGUCACGUCCGAAAAGCUUUUCCGGACCGUUCUGGAGAUGCAGCCCAAGGAGUCUGACGCGGGAGGAGGGACGGGGGUGUCCCGCGAGGAAAAGGUCAAGCAAGCCCUCGAUGAGAUCCUUGACAAGCUGCCGGAGCCCUUCAACAUGCUGGAGAUCAUAGCCAAAGCCGCGGAGAAGACGCCGUACGUGGUGGUGGCCUUCCAGGAGUGCGAAAGAAUGAACAUCUUGACCAAUGAGAUCAGGCGCGCAUGCGUGGCCAUCUCUGCCCUGCGGCGCCGUUACGUGUUACAGGUCAAGCAAGCCCUCGAUGAGAUCCUUGACAAGCUGCCGGAGCCCUUCAACAUGCUGGAGAUCAUAGCCAAAGCCGCGGAGAAGACGCCGUACGUGGUGGUGGCCUUCCAGGAGUGCGAAAGAAUGAACAUCUUGACCAAUGAGAUCAGGCGCUCGCUGAAGGAGCUGAACUUGGGGCUGAAGGGGGAGCUGACGAUCACCACAGACAUGGAGGACUUGUCCAACGCUCUCUUCUACGACAACGUGCCCGAGUCCUGGACGAACCGGGCCUACCCCUCCUUGCUCGGCUUGGGAGCCUGGUACGCCGACCUGCUGCUUCGCGUGCGGGAACUCGAGGCCUGGACAACUGACUUUGCACUGCCCACAACCGUGUGGCUGGCCGGCUUCUUCAACCCCCAGUCCUUCCUCACCGCCAUCAUGCAGUCCAUGGCCAGGAAGAACGAGUGGCCGCUCGACAAGAUGUGUCUUUCCGUGGAAGUGACCAAGAAAAACCGGGAGGAUAUGACGGCGCCCCCCCGGGAAGGCUCCUACGUGCACGGGCUGUUCAUGGAAGGCGCUCGCUGGGACGUUCCUAGUGGGGUUAUCACGGAUGCGCGGCUGAAGGAGUUGACGCCCUCGAUGCCAGUCAUCUUCAUCAGAGCCAUCCCCGUGGACCGCAUGGACACCAAGAACGUGUACGAGUGCCCCGUCUACAAGACACGCAUGCGAGGCCCCACCUACGUCUGGACCUUCAACCUGAAGACAAAAGAGAAGCCGGCUAAGUGGAUCCUUGCGGCUGUAGCUUUGCUCCUGCAGGUGUAAAGUCUUCCUGCCUCAGCAAAGCAAGCGGCGCCCAGCUCGCCGCUAAUCCCACCAGUCAACUCCCCCCCAGCUCUUUGUCUGCACCCCCUAGAUUGUACAGUGACAAUAAAUGAUACACUUGAACGACCGCUAGUGCUUGGGAGUGACCCCCUGGCCUGCGGAGGGCUGCAGGGACGCCGGCGGGCGCGUACUCCGCAGGGCAGCCCAGGGAAAGCACUAGCAAGGGCCAGCUUAGCUUCCUUGUUCUCUUCCAUGCCAAGCGAAGUUUGCAUGGGCCAGCUGGGGUCCCCACAGCCACAGGCUGGAGUGCCAGUCCCUGCCCUAGAGAACUGCCAACGGCGCAGAGACUGGAGGAGAGGCCAGGUAACCGGCCUCAGGGCUACGCUGCACCUCCCAGCAGCAGCAUGGGCACAGGGCACCCCACUCAACCCUUCAGCCCCCGUGCGCAGGCUGCAUAAAGCACACUGGCUGGGCUCCGCUUACCCCCGGUCUCCCACUGGGUGGGAAGCCAGCAGCCUCCUGUUUCUAAGAUGUGACACCUGGCACGGUGCUCCCCGGGGGUGGGGGGCAGUUGUGUCCCACAAGGCCACACACACCCAGCCCGGCAAAAGAGUCACUGAGACGGGACUGGUGAGAAAUGGGGCUCUCCAGGGCACUUGGGGGCAAGGGGCCGUGUUCUCAGGCCUGCCACCAGUGGCUGGGGCCUCUCUCUGCGGCUGCCGUCUGGGGACGAGGGAUGUAAAAUCCCGUCUCACAUACUGUUUGGGGGGGGUCACUCCUGCCCGGCCAGAGCAGCCCCUGUCCGCAGUGGACCCCACAGAGCUGGAGCAGCCCUCUAUCCAUGGCAGGCAGGGAGCUGCUCCAGCCCCCACCGGUUAACUGGUUAACAUUCACGUCCCUAGCAGGGACCAUGAAAGCUAACUCCCCUCCUCCCUCCCCACCCCGAGGUGAGCCACUGUGGCAGACGCCGGAGCAAGCGCUCAGGGAGCAGCUGUUUGGAGAAUAAAGGGUUUUAGUCCCUCAUGCCACUCCCAUCACCUCCAGCCAGGGAACCUCUGCUCAGCGCCGGCAGCCGGGGCCAGGCACCCAGCCCCUCACCACUGCACCGAGCAGUUUGCUAUUGCACGUCUGCUAGCAGCUGCCCAAGACAGAAGGGGAAACCCCAGGGCGGUGCCGUCGUCUCUGCCGAGGGCCAAGAGAGAGCAGUGAAGGGAAGUUCUGGCUACAGGGCUGGGAUGCUUGUGGGCCAGGCCUGACGGGGCAAUCGGAGGCCUCGGGGGGCUGCUCUUUCCUCGCUGGAUAUGACGCAGUUGGGAGCCAGUUGCCCGGCUGUGGCAGGGGCAGGCACAGAGCCACUGCAAGCAACUGGGCUCUCCAGGGCUGAGGGGAGGUGA